CUCAUAUCUACAACUUCAUUCCGGUCGUCAUUUUCCAAAGCAUUUUUUAGAGCAUACUUUUUCCUUCUAAAUUCGUUAUGAGUCCUAUAUCUUCGUUCACCCUUGCCGGGCUUCUGGCUUCAGUCGUCUCUGCACAUCCUUGGUCAAGGCGGGAAGAGAACACCACGACAAUGAUAUAUGACUUUGCGGAGCUUACGCCAUCGCCUAAUAUCAACUGGACACCUUGUUUUGAGGGCUACGCGUGCACAAACCUCGAGGUUCCUUUAGACUACGCCGAUGCCAGUGCCGGGACUACAAAUAUUGCUUUUAUCAAGUAUUCUUCUUCAAACGAAUCUGCCCAGGACAUUCUCUUCAACCCAGGUGGCCCUGGAUCAUCUGGGGUACAAUAUGUGGUUGGAGGGGGUGAAACGCUUCAACAAACUCUCGGCACACAAUAUAACAUUGUGAGCUUUGAUCCUCGAGGUGUUAACAACAGUGGCCCAGCCAUGACUUGUUUCCCCGGGGCGCCGGAAGCUCGAGCUCAGUACACGGGAGCGAGCACGACUGCUCCAUUGCCUGAGCUUUUCCAGAGCGCGAAGGCAUAUGGAGAAUGGUGUUCAGCAGCGAAUAAAGAUACUCAAGCGAAGUAUGGAGGAACAGCGGCGGUCGCGCAAGACAUGCUCCACUUCAUCGAACUCCAAAACAUCCAGUAUGGUCAUCCAGGAAACGAAGCGAAACUUUGGUAUUACGGCGUGAGUUACGGAACGGUUCUUGGUCAAACCUUUGCUGCACUCUUCCCCGACCGUGUUGGCAGAAUGAUCUUGGAUGGGAAUGUUUUCGGCGUUGAACAUUAUACUGGUCUCGUACCCUCGGAUGUAGAUGACACAGACGAUGCCUUCCACUUCUUUUUCAAGGACUGUUUCAACGCUGGCCCGGAACUCUGCGCAUUCUAUGGCAACUCCACUUCCAUUGAGGAGAUUGAAGAACGAUACAGGAAUCUGUUGCAAUCGCUUGAAGAUAGCCCCAUCACGGUUACCGAUCCUAAGUUUGGCGCGCCUUCGGUUAUUACACAAACUGCCUUCUCAAGCUGGGCUUUUAGCAGCACUCUGUAUGGCCCGCUGACUGGAUUUCCCCUACUGGCUACUGUCGCUGCUGCACUAGAGCAGGGUAACGGGACCGUGUUCAUGGAGGCCAACGCAGCUCCGUCCGCAAUGACCUCUGCAUAUGGAGCAUAUGCUAAAAAUGCAAAUUAUUCGUCGCAGGAAGCCCUUGGUCUGAUUACUUGUGUCGAUGCCAACACCCGAUUCAAUGUUACAAGCGUUGAACAGUUUGAAGAGGUAGUAGACACUUACAUGGGAAAGAGCUUCUACGGCGGGAAGACAACUGCAUUGAACAACGGCCGUCUCUGCGUUGGCAUGAGCAUUACUCCACCCCCGAGUCAGAUAUUCCCAGGUUUCAAAUGCACAAACACGAGCUUCCCAAUUCUGUUCAUUGGAACAACUGGUGACCCUGUUACACCCCUUUCCAGUGCCUACAAGAUGUCAGCACUGUUCGAGGGAUCGGUAGUCCUAACCCAAGACUCUCCCGGUCACGGUUUUCUCGCAACAGGAUCGGACUGCACAACAAAAUAUGUUCAGGCUUACAUGGCAGAGGGUACGCUCCCCGAGCCCGACACUGUUUGCCAACCAGCUGCCGUUCCCUUUAUCCCUAGCACGAAUUCGAAGGCUUUGAGGGUGCGCACAUUCGUGUAGAGAAUUCGGCAUAAUUCAAUUCGGUCACGUUCAAUGUCGAGGAAACUUGGGUUAACACAUCUAAGGGGCAGUUGGGCUAUUUGGAGGUGGUGAGGUUGUUUCAAUUCUUUGUAUGCAUCUUUUUACGCUUCUGUGUAGUAGCUUGUACCUCUAAUCUUACUUAUUUUACC